AUGGUGGGAGACGCCAUGGAGGGGAUUCUCUACAAGUGGACUAAUUACAUGACAGGCUGGCAGCCGCGCUGGUUCGUUCUGCAGAACGGCGUGAUUUCGUACUACGACAGUGAGGACGACGUGGGAAAAGGCAGCAAAGGAUCCAUCAAGAUGUCCGUCUGCGACAUCAAAGUCCCCCCCUCUGACUCCACCCGGCUGGAGCUCAUCAUCCCGGGCGAGCAGCACUUCUACGUCCGCGCCGUGAACGCGGCGGAGCGGCAGCGCUGGCUGGUGGCGCUCGGGUCCUCCAAGGCCGGGACCCAGGACCGGAACAAAGGCCUCGCUGCUCAGCGCCACCUGUUCCACCUUCAUCCGGACCCUGGAGGAGUGCAUGAGCCUCGCACACCUGAGUCUGACCCCCGACCCCCGGGCUCCAGAAAGGUAAAACCAGUAAAUUUGUGCCUCAGAUCCGACGCAGAAGGCCGACGCCCGCCACCCUCCAGAUCUACAGACAACCCGGGACAGAUGUUGGAGAUCAACACAACGCCGGAGGGGAGACACAGGAAGCAGAGCGCCUUCGCCCCCCCCACCAUGAAAGACCUCCAGGGGGCGGGGCUUCCGGAGACAGACAGCGAGCUCAGCCCAAUCACAGCGCAGCUCUAUGCCGCCUCCCAGUGGGCCAAUCACAAUGGGCCAGAGGAGGCCAAUGGGAAUGAGGCGUGUCUGCUGUUAGCCAAUCAGGAGAGAGGAGGGCCAGAGGACCCGUCCUGCAGCUACAUUAAGGAUGAUUCCAGCCCCGACUCCGUCUCCCGAUAG